GGGGCUGCGCAGGAGGCUGGAGGAGCCCCGCUGGACCCAGAGGCGGGGCAUCGGCCCCCGGUCCGCUGCGGUUCCGGGGCGUGGCUGCUGCCGAGCAUCUCCCAGCUCAGCCGAGCCCCUGCCCGGGCCACGCUUUGUUCCAGCCGCCGCCUGCUCUACCCUCCGGCGUCCGGAGCCAUCCCUCGCCUCCUCGCUCUCUCCUUUCGCCCACUCCCUGCAUCUUGGCCUGCAUCACCUUUGCCAACCGCUGCGCCCCCGAUCCUGCCCUCACUCCUCCCUCAAACUUCUGACCUGCACCCUUGCCUGGUACCCUUCUCUCUAUUCCUCCCCCUCCAUCUUCUUCCCCCGACCCCUCUCGGGUCUCUCUUUUCCCAAAACCGGGGUCUCUCCGCGCAGCUCCCCCCUCCAGGCCGGGGAUGUCCCCCGCGCCCCCGCGCCCAUGGUCCUGACGCUGCUCCUCUCCGCCUACAAGCUGUGUCGCUUCUUCGCCAUGUCGGGCCCACGGCCGGGCGCCGAGCGGCUGGCGGUGCCGGGGCCGGAUGGGGGCGGUGGCACGGGCCCAUGGUGGGCUGCGGGCGGCCGCGGGCCCCGCGAAGUAUCGCCGGGGGCAGGCACCGAGGUGCAGGACGCCCUGGAGCGCGCGCUGCCGGAGCUGCAGCAGGCCUUGUCCGCGCUGAAGCAGGCGGGCGGCGCGCGGGCCGUGGGCGCCGGCCUGGCCGAGGUCUUCCAACUGGUGGAGGAGGCCUGGCUGCUGCCGGCCGUGGGCCGCGAGGUAGCCCAGGGUCUGUGCGACGCCAUCCGCCUGGACGGCGGCCUCGACCUGCUGUUGCGGCUGCUGCAGGCGCCGGAGCUGGAGACGCGUGUGCAGGCCGCGCGCCUGCUGGAGCAGAUCUUGGUGGCUGAGAACCGGGACCGCGUGGCGCGCAUUGGGCUGGGCGUGAUCCUGAACCUGGCGAAGGAGCGCGAACCCGUAGAGCUGGCGCGGAGCGUGGCAGGCAUCUUGGAGCACAUGUUCAAGCACUCGGAGGAGACGUGCCAGAAGCUGGUGGCCGCCGGCGGCCUGGACGCGGUGCUGUAUUGGUGCCGCCGCACGGACCCCGCGCUACUGCGCCACUGCGCGCUGGCGCUGGGCAACUGCGCGCUGCAUGGGGGCCAGGCGGUGCAGCGGCGCAUGGUGGAGAAGCGCGCAGCCGAGUGGCUCUUCCCGCUCGCCUUCUCCAAGGAGGACGAACUGCUUCGGCUGCACGCCUGCCUCGCAGUAGCGGUGUUGGCGACUAACAAGGAGGUGGAGCGCGAGGUGGAACGCUCUGGCACGCUGGCGCUCGUGGAGCCGCUUGUGGCCUCGCUGGACCCUGGCCGCUUCGCCCGCUGUCUGGUGGACGCCAGCGACACAAGCCAGGGCCGCGGGCCCGACGACCUGCAGCGCCUUGUGCCAUUGCUCGACUCUAACCGCUUGGAGGCGCAGUGCAUCGGGGCUUUCUAUCUCUGCGCGGAGGCUGCCAUCAAGAGCCUGCAAGGCAAGACCAAGGUAUUCAGCGACAUCGGCGCUAUCCAGAGCCUGAAACGCCUGGUUUCCUACUCUACCAAUGGCACUAAGUCGGCGCUGGCCAAGCGCGCACUGCGCCUGCUGGGCGAGGAGGUGCCACGGCCCAUCCUGCCCUCCGUGCCCAGCUGGAAGGAGGCCGAGGUCCAGACGUGGCUGCAGCAGAUUGGCUUCUCCAAGUACUGCGAGAGCUUCCGGGAGCAGCAGGUGGAUGGCGACCUGCUUCUGCGGCUCACGGAGGAGGAACUCCAGACCGACCUGGGCAUGAAAUCUGGCAUCACCCGCAAGAGGUUCUUUAGGGAGCUCACCGAGCUCAGGACCUUCGCCAACUAUUCUACGUGCGACCGCAGCAACCUGGCCGACUGGCUGGGCAGCCUGGACCCGCGCUUCCGCCAGUACACCUACGGCCUGGUCAGCUGCGGCCUGGACCGCUCCCUGCUGCACCGCGUGUCUGAGCAGCAGCUGCUGGAGGACUGCGGCGUCCGCCUGGGCGUGCACCGCGCCCGCAUCCUCACGGCGGCCAGAGAAAUGCUACACUCCCCGCUGCCCUGUACUGGUGGCAAACCCAGUGGGGACACCCCAGAUGUCUUCAUCAGCUACCGCCGGAACUCAGGUUCCCAGCUGGCCAGCCUCCUGAAGGUGCACCUGCAGCUGCACGGCUUCAGUGUCUUCAUUGAUGUGGAGAAGCUGGAAGCAGGCAAGUUCGAAGACAAACUCAUCCAGAGUGUCAUGGGUGCCCGCAACUUUGUGCUGGUGCUGUCACCUGGAGCACUGGACAAGUGCAUGCAGGACCAUGACUGCAAGGAUUGGGUGCAUAAGGAGAUUGUGACUGCUUUAAGCUGUGGCAAGAACAUUGUGCCCGUCAUUGAUGGCUUCGAGUGGCCUGAGCCCCAGGUCCUGCCUGAGGACAUGCAGGCUGUGCUUACUUUCAACGGCAUUAAGUGGUCCCACGAAUACCAGGAGGCCACCAUUGAGAAGAUCAUCCGCUUCCUACAGGGCCGCUCCUCCCGGGACUCAUCUGCAGGCUCUGACACCAGUUUGGAGGGUGCUGCACCCAUGGGUCCGACCUAACCAGUCCCCAGUUCCCAGUCCUGCUGUGACUUCCACUUCCAUCGUCCUUUCUGAAGGAACAGCUCCUCAAACCGGCCUCCCUAGGCUGAGACAACCUGGGCUCUUCUUAGCACAUGGCUCUCCCUCUCCUGUCCCCCACCCUCAUAGCCCACCUCCAACCUACUUUCCUCAGUAUCUGGAGAGGGAAGGGAAGUCAGACUUGGGCUUGGGAGGUUAGAACUCCCCCAUGCCCCGCCAUUGGAUUGUCUGUCUCUGUCAUGGGGAGGGUCCCUGCUCAGUUCUGGAGACAUUGGAGUUGGGGUGGGGGUGGUUCUGUAUUCCCUUCUGCUCUGAUAGCAGCCAGUUUGAGGAUGAAGGAAGGCAGCCUCAGACAGGAAUUAAGGCAAUGCCCAGGCAGGCCUGGGCACUGUAUUCUGAGCAAGGGCCUGGGCCCAAGAGCCAGCCAGGGAUGAGUGCCAUCAUGGCUUUCCACUCAGACUGUGCCUGGCCCCUGCACUUACAACUUCCUGCCGCUCUGUGGCCUUGCCCUGUAAUCACUCAGUGCCCUUAGCCAGCCUGACUAGGUCCCAGAUCCCCUACAGCUUCCUUCAGUGUGGUAUCUUUUGCCACAUCCAGGGCGAGGGUUGAGGUAAACCGGCCCUCCCUCUGACUUCCUUGUCGCUGCAGCCAGCUUUGCUGCACUUGCUGGUGCACAGGAGCCUCCUGUUUGGGCCUGGGUCUGGGCAUGGGGAAGCUGUGCCUCAAAGCCCACCCUACCCCAUGCCUUGGUGCUGUGCCUCAGGCUCCUUCCUGGUCUGGCCCAGCUGGCUACCCCAGCCCCUCAGCUAUCCAGGGCUACCCACCGCUUGCUCAGGGACCAGGCAGCCCCCAUGGCAGUAAAAGCAGCCUGGACAGAACCUGCAGCUCUGUGGAAAGAGGCAAAGUCCUGAAAAGGCAAAAGGUUGUCACCUAUGGCAGCUUCUCCAACUUUAACAUGCAUCCAAGUCACCUGGGAAUGUUGUUAAAAUCAGGAGAUCUGGGGUGGGGCCUGAGACUCUGCAUUUCUUACAGAUUCCCAGGUGAGCUGAUGCUGGUGGUUAAGGGUAGCAAAUCUCUAAAGCAUGAAGCCCUCACAAAUCUUUGCCAUUUCCCACACACUCCGCUCCUUGGUCUCCAGUCGUCAGAGCAACUCUACCUGGUAUUAUCAUCCCCAUUUUACAGAUAAUGACACUGAGGCUCAGAAAGGUUGAAGAUAAGCCCAGUUUCCUGUCAUUAGUGGCAGCCCCAGAUCCAGACCUAGGCCUCCUGGCACCCAGUCCACUGGCAGUGGAAUUGCUCUCCUGAGAAUCAUUCUGAGGCUGGGCUACUGCUUCUCCCUUGCUUCAAAGAAUCUAGCAGCGGGGGACAGGAUUUUGCAACAAAAAGCUGACCCAGAGGCCAUAUUGAAAUAACCGAGCAGGAAUGUCCCAUUGCCCCCUCCUCCACUGGGUUCAGAGGGCAAGAAAGUACCCUCCAAUAAACCCAGGCUGCAGGCCACGGGGACUGCUGAAGGCUCUUCCCCAAUGAGGGCCAGGUGUUGACACCUUAAGGCUGGCUGCGCCCCCAGCCCCACUCUUGGCUGUGCUGGCCAGGCGACUCCUAGCUCUCGGCCACGUCGUCAGAAAGUCAAAGUUCCCACUCCAGGUUUGGGGCUCCUUCCUUCCCCUCCCCUCCCUGCCAGAGUCUGUCUUGGCCAGUCCCAGUCUCGAUGCUUUGCUUUUGACCCCACCUGAUCUUCCUUUCCUUAUGCAGCACAAGUGCUCACUGGGGCCAGGGCGAGGGCAUGGACAUGACAAGCAGGGCAGCCUGGACACUGCCCUCACAGGACAGAGUCAAUAACAAUACAAUGUCUGAGUGUCUCCAGGGGAUGAUUUCUGGCUUCUUGUCUCCAGUCAGUCCCACUCCCUCCUGAGGUCCCCAUGGGCAGUCUUCAGAGAGGUUUCCUGCGUUUUGUUUCUGUUUGGUAUACCCUCCACUGCUGUCCACAGCCCUGUGUGGCCUUCUGGUUGACCUCUGCCCGAUCUUCUGUCUCUCUGGGGGAAUCAGAGUCCAGCAUCCAGCCCCAGAUGGAACAGCUGAAGUCACAAGCCUCCCCUAAGCCAAGGCCAGUGUGCUCAGAGGUGACUGCCACCCGUACUAGGACAAACACAGCUCAGAUCACCAGGUCAAGCGCCUAGGCCUGGCUUCUCCUGAGAUAGAGGACUCAGAAGUGGCCUUUCCUCCAAAUCCUACUCAGAUACAGGUCUGUAGGGCCAGGGUGUUCUGCUUGGCUGGUCUGCAGCUGCUACCCCUUGGUUGGGGCUGAGUCAGCCAGAUCCUCCCUCCACUUCUCCCCAAGGGCCAAGAACUGCUCAGGGACAUUAAAGGUCAAAAGUCCAGCCACGCUUAUUCAUCCUUUCCCCAGGCCCAUGAAGAGAGGCAUCUUAUUGUAGAAUGUAUGAGGAGGUGGGAAAGAUCUCAGAGCAUCAGCUAAGUUUCCUAACUUGUCCAUCCAAAUGUGAUCACCACGAUUCAACAAUUCGGGGCAUCGCUGAUCUAGCCCUUCCUAGUGGGGCUUGUUUAAGGUUGCACAGCAAUUCAGUAGAAGCCCUGGCUGGCCCCACUUGGUAUCAAUCCACCAAGCAGCUCAGGGCUCCUGCCCAGCCCAGCAGCUUCUGUUGUCUGACAUAUGGCAGGCAGACUGGGAGCAGGAAAACAAAGGGCCCCAAAGCCCAAGGCACCAGAAGGUUUGUUUCAGUUUGCUGAAGCUGAUUUAUAAUGAUUGGCACUCUUCAGCCCAGGGAGUGGGCAGGCCAUAGCCAAGGAUCAAUUCCCCAACCACAGUGAAGGCAGCACUCUUCCUCUGGAGAUCACCAAGCCCCUCUCACCUCCCUCCCUCCUUCCCAAGGCUGGCACUAACCAGGUACCACAUUUGUUGUUAAGGAGUGGCUGGUGACUGCUACACGUGUCAGGAACCUGGCUGGGGCUGUGCAGUUUGGACUGGAAGGCAGAGAUGCCAGCCCUUGUGCUGCCUCUGGUCCCUGAAGUGUCACCUCCAUCAGGACCUCUCCUCUGGUCUGGGGAGUUGUAAGUGAUGGAUGGCAGAAAGGGAGAACUGACUCCUGUCCCGAAUAGCUCCCCUGCCACCUGUCCUGCAGUGGGCCUGUGUGGGUUAUGAUUCUAGAUCCUAGUCAGAGGCUGGUUCAGCUAUGGAUGAGGUGGUACCUUGGUCUGUCUUGACCACCUCGUCCAAAGAGAGCACUGCCCUUAGAAAGGAGCUGCUGGUGCUGCUGUGGGCUGGGCUCCCAGCUGUAGACCUUCAGUUGUUUGGUGUUCACUUUGCUACUCUUGCCCUCUGUCUUCUGGUCCAGGCAGAUCAGGGGCUCUGGGGAAACUGCUGGAACUCAGGGUGAGGAACAGUCUUUUCCAGCAUCCUGUGAGAGACCAGAGAGAGGGUUUGGAUUUCACAUGGGGUACCCUCAAGGCCUGUCUGGAGAAGUGAUGCAGGAUUUACUUGGGUGGGCUGGUCCAGGUAGCUCUCCUCAACCUCCUCCUUCCCCAAGCUGAGAAGCUAAGAGCUGGAGGACAAUGUCCAGGGACAUGGCUCUGGAAAAUAACUUUUUUUUUUAAGAGACAGGGUCUUGCUCUGUUGUCCAGGCUGGAGGGCAGUGACAUAAUCAUAGCUCACUGUACCCUUGAACUCCUGGGCUCAAGUGAUCCUCCUGCCUCAGCCUCCUUAGUAGCUGGGACUACUGGUGCAUACCACCAUGCCUGGCUGAGUUUUAAAAUUUUUUAUACAGACAAGGUCUUGCUAUGUUGUCCAGGCUGAUCUUGAAUUCUUGGGUUCAAGUGUUGCUCCUGCCUCAGCCUGCCACAGGAUCGGGAUUACAGGCAGGAGCCCCCACGCCCAGCCAUGAAAUAUAAUUCUUAAUAUCAUACAGGAAAAAGUUAGCGGGUCAAGCUAGCCUGUGGCCCAGCCACAACUAGCUGACAAAGCUCUCUGGCCUUCCCUUUAACACAGUUCUGUUGCCAUAGUUCCAUCUAUAAAAUGGGAAUGGAGGGAAAUAGGGCAACUGGGAGAGAGAACACAGCCUUGCCAAGUAGCAAUGUUAGCCUGAUCCUUCCUCCACCUAGCUUGCCACCUUGCCCUUGGAAAAUGGCUCCUGGAGGAUUAGGCAGCCAUGUGCAAGGAGAGGGGCAACCUGGGACAAGACACCCAGAGGGGGAGGAUUCCAGGAAUGAAGCUGCCAUUUCUGGUUGGGAGGAGGACACUUAUGAGAAAGGGCUCCAUUAUGAGCAUGGGUCAGGGACCUGCAUUACCCAAUCAGAACGGCCGGGAUGAGCAGGAGGCCAGCUCCCAGGAGGAAGGGGAACCCCUUCAUAAAGUUCAGAGUGGCUGGGUAGAGUGAGUUGAAGAUGCCGGAGGCCGUCAGCAUGGCCAGGUUAUUCACACAGGCCACAGCAGAAAAGAGAGCACCUGUGAAGAAAUAAAUACCAUACUCUGGAGUCCGAAAGGGCCAUGUUCAAAUUCUGGCACCACCACCUCAGAGCUGUGCGACCGGAAGCAGUCACUUAACCUAUGUCUCCCCUUCCUCACCAGUAAAUCCUGCUACAUCAUGUGGACAGCAGCUGGCACAGAGGGGCUACUAAAUAAAUGGCUGCUAUUAAAUCCACACUGAAAGUACAUGUGAUCUGACAGAACCCAGCACAUGAAGAAAAAAAAAGUACAUGUGAUAUUGUCUGAUGAAAGCUUGAUGGAAAUGGCUUUUUUCUGGUUUAUCGUCUUUGGCAUUACCUGUUUGGGAUUAACUGCAGGUCUGGUCAGUUCCAAUAUUCAUAGCUGUGUCACCACUGAAUAGCUUUUUAUCCUUUGGGUUCCUGUUCUUCCUUCUGCUAAAUAAGGAUAAUACCUAUUUCCUAGAUUGUCAGCAACAUAAAGUUCACAUGGAAAUCACCCAUCACUGGGCCUGGCCCCAUGAAAGUAGCUAGUUAGUAAGGGCUCUUCUUUUCUCGUGUUUCCCUGACAUUUCUGGGCACAAAGAAAGUGCUGGGAAAAAAAAGUUUAGGUGAAUGAAUGAAGGCACAUGGAUUCUGGGGACACCAGAACCCACAGUGGGCUCUGUAUGGCACCAGGGUCCCUGUCAUCAUCAGAUCCUCAUUCCAGGACAGAUGGAGAAAGAUGAAUGUUUCCCGACUGGGGCAUAAAGACCCAGAGGCUGGAGAAGCUGUUCUGUAUAGAUACAACAGGAGAACCCACAGUUUACAAAAUGUGCAACAACCCAACAGAAGUCGAGAUUAAAUUCUGUCACAUCUAGAGGGGCCUGUGAUGUCAUUAAGAGCAAACCACUCACAUCACAGAUGAAGAAACAGGCCUAUGGCAGGGCUCGGACUAAAACCCAGAUCCUGAGACCAGCUGCUGUUAAACACAGACGUGAGUUUGCAUCCUAGCUCCACCAUUUACUGAGUAACCUUGGGUGAGCUGAUUUAACCCCCUGGGCCUCUGUUUCUCAUCUGUCAACUGUGGAAAAUGAAACCCAUGUCACAAGGUUGUUCACUUCUGGGCUUGUACACGCUGACCCCAGAGAAACAGGGAACUCUGGCAUCAUCACACCCAUCUUACAGACGGAAAAGCUGAGGUCUGCAGAGAGUAAAUCCUCUGCUCUGGUUAUCCAGAAAGAACAUAAUUGUGCUCUGCUGACUGCAAAUCCCAACUCUGCGGUUUGAAAAUCCAAGGCGGCAUGAUCCUCUGCCCAUCGUGGGCAAUUUCACAGAAGUGUGUUUGUCUUGGCCACUUACUUCUCCAGGGUGAGAGGCGGGAAGGCAAGCUGUUCCCCCAGCCAUGGCUGCCCAUCAGCCCGUUUCAGGCAGCACUGGGCAUGAGGAGCCAGAUACAGGUGGGUCCUGACACUCACCCUGCUCUGUCUCUCUCACCAGCUUGGAGAGUUUAGCCCGGAUGACAGGUGUGAUGACUAAUGACAGGAAGAGCAACCCAUAUCCUGUGGAGAAAUAAACACUCAUCAGGAAAAUGGAGCUGGGGAGAGGGGUGUCCAAGGGAAAGGCAGCAGAUCUCCCAUCCAUACCCCAUAUGGGGCUUAGGUUAGACCCAGGAAGAACUUCCUUGAUGGUGAGGGUGGGGAGACAGUAGUCAAGGAGGAAGGGAGACUGCCCUUGUCUGGGCUUGGCCACCGUCUAGCUCUCAUGAAUGCUAAUUCCCACUGAUUGCUUUCUUGUCUGAACCUCUUGUGGUCACAGCAGACAUCACCCAUCCAUUUGGCACUUAGUAGGGAUAUGGCAGGGCACAGAAAACAAGCAUGGGCUUUGGAGUCAGCCCUGAAUUCAAAACCUGAUGCCAUUACAUACUAUCUGUGUGGCCUAGGGUACUUAACCUCUCUGAGCCUGACUCCCUGUAUGAGGAAGAUAAUAAGGCCUUCAUCACAGGAUGGUUCUGAGUCAUAGGAGGCUGAAUAAUGGUGCCCAAUGGCAUCAGGUUCAUAGCCCUGGAACCUGUAAAUACUACCUUAUUUGGAAAAUGGGUCUAUGCAGGCGUGAUGAAGUUAAGCCUCCUGAGAGAGUGGGGUUAUCCUGGAUUAGCAGGUUGGGCCCUAAAUGUCAUCACACAUCUUUAUAAGAGGAAAGCAGACGGAGAUUUGGCACCAAAAGAAUGGAGAAGGCACAAAGAGGAGGAGAGGCAAUGUGAGCACAGAGGCAGAGACUGGUAAUGGACGCCCCAAGCCAAGGAAUGCCAGCAGCCCCAGAAGCUGAAAGAAAAGAGAAACACGUUCUCUCCUGGCACCUUGCAAGGGAGUACUGCCUGCUGACUCCUUCCGUUCAGCCCAGUGGUACUGACUUUGGACUUCUGGCCUCCAGAACUGUGAGAGAACAUAUUUCUGUUGUGUUAAGCCCCCAAGUUUGUGGUAUUUCAUUACAGCAAUCUCAGGGAACCAAUACAUAAGGUAAAAAGGUAACAUCUAUGAAGAGUACGGCAUAGGGACACAGCAAAUGUGAGUUCCUUUUCCCUUUGCAUUCAGUUACUUACAGGCUUCCUGUUUUCUUCAUAACCAUUUCUCUCCCUGUGUGAUUGCUGACUCCUCAGCAAAACUGCAAACUCCUACAGGACAGCAGAUCCUCCAAAGAAGGUAUACGAUGAGGCACCCAGGGCCCCUACCAAUGUCAAGCCCCUCAAAUCCCACUCUGUUGAGACCUCCCCCCGACCCAGAGCAAUGACAGCAUCUUCAUCAUCUCUGCAUCCCCCAGGGCCAUCAGCAGGAGGGAAAGGCUCCCUUCUGCUUGUCAGACAAGCAGUUGAGUUAAGAAAUCUGUGAUUAUUGUAUUGUUGACUAUACACAGCACGUUUUAGGGCUCUAUCAAAAUAAAUCUGUCCCUUUAAAAAAAGUUAACUAAAGCUGGGCACGGUGGCUCAUGCCUGCAAUCCCAACACUUUGGGAGGCUAAGGCAGGCAGAUCCUUGAGCUCAGGAGUUAGAGACCAGGACUGGGCAACAUGGUGAGGACCCCAUCUCUAUAAAAAAAACACAAAAAUUAGCAAGGUGUGAUAAUGUGCGCCAGUGGUCCCAGCUACUAGAGAGGCCAGGUUGGGAGAAUCACUUGGGCCCAGGGGAUGAGGCUGCAGUGAGCCAUGAUCAUGCCAGUGCACUCUAGCCUGGGUGACAAAGUGAGACCCUGUCUCUAAAUAAAUCAAUCAAAUAAAAAUUUUAAAAA